AUGAACAAAGAAUAUAAAGAUAUAAUAUUUUAUCUCACAGAAGCAAUUGUAUAUUAUAUAAAUGUACGAAACAGAGUUUCAAGUUUGGAUGGUGAACAAAUUCGAGAAUUUGAUGAAAGAACAAUGGAAGAACAUGGUGUAAUAGACUAUUUAAAAAUUUUAAGAUCGCUACCAACUAUAAAGAUGAUAGCAGGAGAAAUUGAUUUUGAAGGGGAUGUUAAUAGGAAAUUUGGGAUUGUUAUUCCGAGAUGGAUUGAAAUAUUGGAAGAUAUGAUUAAUGAGGUUAAACUUUGUUUUGAAAUAAAAAAUAAACCACUACUUUUAUUUUCAAUAGGUUUAGUAUUCCCAAAAACUUAUUUGAAUAUAAAACUCUUCUCAGUUAGAGUUACGGAAUAUCGGUAUUUUCGGUAA